AAAAAAACAAUCAGCGAUUUGUAAAAUAGUUAUCUUCAUUCCGGUAAUUGAAUUAGUUCCAUCCUCUUCCGUUGUCCCUCGCAACAUUAAAAAAUGGGAAAUAUAUUCGGGAAAACUAAAACCAAACCCGUCAGCAGAGUAACAGAACAGGACAAAGCGAUUCUCCAACUGAAACAGCAACGCGAUAAGCUCAAACAGUAUCAGAAACGAAUCGAAUUGUCGCUUGAAAAGGAUCGAGAACUGGCGAAACAGUGCCUUGCGAGCGGAAGGAAAGAUCGAGCUAAAACGCUGCUCAGAAAGAAAAAGUAUCAAGAGAAGCUACUGAGCAACACAGACGCCCAACUGGAAACACUAGAGAAGCUUGCUUCGGAUAUCGAAUUUGCGCAGGUUGAGGCACAGGUCGUUAGUGGCCUGAAGGUCGGAAACGAGGCUUUGAAAAAGGUCAACGAAGUGUUGUCCAUUGACGAGGUGGAACAAAUACUGGAUGAAACUAGGGAAAGUAUCGAGAAGCAACAGGAAAUCGAUGCACUUUUGAACGGAGUGCUAACGGAAGAGGAUGAAGACGAUGUAUUGGCCGAGUUGGACGCCCUUGUUGCCGCUGAUGAGCAGCAAGAAACGGAACAACCGGAUAAGGACGAUAUCACUGACCGGCUUCCAGAAGUGCCGGAUGAUGAGCCAAUCAAACAGAAAGAGCGGCAACGCAAAAAGGAGAAAGAUGCGCCUCAAAAAGUGGCCAUGGAGGCCCAAUGAGUAAGCAACGAGCUGUCGAACAGAGCGGUCUUAUCAGCUGCCAUCGGACCGGUAGAUCGGUGGAGAGAGGUCGAAGAGAAAUGUGGUGAUCAAUUUAUGUAAAUAUGCAUAUUUACAGUUUCUAUUGAAACCCUUUGGAUGGGGUUGAAACCAAUUGGCAAUUCAGAGGUUGCCAUUUAGAAAUAUCAAUGCCGUACAAUAAAAAAAACAAUCGAAUUCCAACGCAGGAAAGAGGUGCCUAUUCCCGUCAGGCGUUACUUGACGCCUCAGGCGUCAAUUUUUUUGUUCACGGGGAAUUGUCCAGUUCUCGGGGCGACCGGGUUGACCGGAGGGCACUGAAGUCAGUUUUUGAAAAGUCGAGUUAGGUACCA